AAGUGUAGCAAAAUAGCCUGUACUUUGUUUACGUCCCGUUGGUUAGCUGACAGCUGUUGUAGCGCUUCACCCACACAAACAACCACGUCUGCAUGUCUCUGGCGGUUACCUGGAGCUUCGCAAACUUUAAGCCGACUACUCUGGAUGUUGUGGAUGGGAUGUUUUGUUGAAUGACGGGGAGCCGCUAGAUGCCGACAGGAGGAUGAACUCCAUCACCGGUCGGGUUCUCGCCAUCCCCGCCGCCUCUGUCACUAACUCUGGAGCUUCAUCCUCUCGAGCCUUACAUGUAGAGCUCACGUCCCAGCAGAGGCGAUUGCGUCAUCUCCGGAGCAUCGCGGCCAGAAACAUUGUCAACAAGAAUGGUUCCCCACUGCUGGACACUUACUUCACCCUCCACCUCUGUAUAGGAGACCGCAUAUCUAGAGAUUUUUACAAGAGUGAAGUCAUACGAGACUCGCUGAAUCCAACUUGGCGGAGUCUGGACUUUGGCAUGCUGCCGGACCUUCUGGACACCUCAGUGUCUUGCUUCGUGGUGAGGAUCUGGGGAGGACAGGAGGAGCAGUACCAGCUCCUUAUAGAAUGGAAGGUCAACCUGGAUGGCCUCAGAUACACAGGACAGCAGAUUCGAUCCAGGAAUCCGAAUGAGAUAAUAUUUGGAUUGAAUGAUGGCUACUAUGCAGCUGACUUUGAUCAUAAGGAUCAGUCGGAGCGGAAGAAAAAGCUUCAGGUCGACCAGAGUUCAGUCAGGAACUCCUACAGUGUUUUCUCUUUGCUCAGGCUUCACACAGCCCAGAGAGCCAUCAAGCAGACCCAAGUGACAGUCCAGAAGAUUGGGAAGGAGAUCGAGGAGAAGCUGAGGACGACAGCGACCUGCACAGAACGGAAGAAAGAGCGAGAGUGCAUGCAGCUGCGUAUAGCCGUGCUGCGCAGUGAGCUGCAACGGCAGAGGAAGGCACUUGGCAGGGAGAUAGAUCUGCGGCAGAAGGAGAGGACACAGCUCCAGAAGAAAGAGGAAGUGUUCUCCGCUCAGCACGAGAGUCUGAAGGAGGAGAAGGAAUCUUUAACCAAGCUACAGAAGGAAUGCACUGCCAAGAGAGAGCAGUUCCUCAAGUCCAACGCUCAACUCACCUUCCGCUGUCGUCAGCUCCUGUCUGAGCUCUCCUACAUCUACCCCAUUGAUGUGGCUAAUCAGUCAGAUUAUGUCAUCUGCGGAGUGAAGCUGCCAAACUCUGAAGACUUUCAAGCAAAGGAUGAUGGGAGCGUGGCAGUCGCCCUGGGUUACACGUCACACCUGGUCCUGAUGAUUUCCUGCUUCCUGCAGAUCCCUCUUCGGUAUCCGGUGAUCCACAAGGGUUCACGCUCCUCCAUCAAGGACACAAUCACUGACAGACUCACUGAGAAGGAGAGAGAAUUCCCUUUGUACCCCAGAGGAGAGCGCUUUCAUUUUGAAUAUGGUGUCUACUUACUCAACAAGAACAUUGCCCAGCUGAGAUAUCAACAUGGCUUGACCACCCCAGACCUGCAGCAGACACUACCCAACCUGAAGAACUUUCUGGAGCAUGGCCUGCUGGUCCGAUGUGACAGACACCAUGUCUCCAGCUCCAUCCCAGUGCCGACCAAGUCUCAGCUCGGUGUGUCUGCUGCCUCAGAGAUAGGCUACCCCUGCCACACCAGCUCCCCAGACCGAGGCCUGAGAAAAAGGGCGAGCUCAGAGGCUGAUAAGUACAAGCCAACUCCUCCACCCAGCUACAACACAGCCAUGGGUGAAGAGCAGCCCCCGGUUGGCCUGGCACCACCCUCCCCUUCACCCAAGCACCUUUCCUCCUCCCUUGAUGCCGGCAUGGCCUCACUUAACCUGGCCAAGAUGACCAACGAGGAGGGAGAGCAGAAGGAAGAGAAAGAGGAGGGUGGGAAGACGGCGGUGGAGGUGGAGGUGGAGGUGGAGAGACGCAGAAGCACUGACAGAGAGGUUGAAGUAGAAAAGGAAGAAGACACUGAGGAGCAGCCGCUCAGUACCACCGUUGCACCCAACUCUUCUACAGUGCAGGACACUGGUGAGGAAACGGUGCCAGCUAGCCAGCACACAGGUGCCAUGAACGGCUCUUUGGUACCAGGACAGGCGCCUGUAAACCUGGCCCCAGAGCUGCGCUGCUCUGUGGAGCAAGCUGAGGAGAUCAUGGGCACAGAGGCCACCGGUUUAGGCCUGGGGUUGGGGAUAGGGCUGGGGUUAGCAGAUGAGGCCCGGAUGGAGGACUAUCGCUGCAUCCCUGUGGACCACGCAGUAGCUGUGGAGUGUGAUGAACAGGUGCUGGGAGAGCUGGACGUUGCCGGCUUCGAGGAGUUCUCCAGGCGCAUCUAUGCACUAAAUGAGAACAUGUCCAGCUUCCGCAGACCGCGCAAGAACUCUGAUAAGUGAGGCAGAGGACCUAAGGAGAGGGGGAGGCAUGAAAAAACUUGCACAGGGGGGUUGGACGAAUACAAGGCAGGGACAUGAGGACAAGGGUGGGGUCCCCACUCCUUUAUUGCAGCAUCAAAGAUCAUAGGAGCUAUUCUGGAAUAACGACCAAUUUGCACUUAUUGUAAACAUUUCCGUAGUAAUAUUUUAAAUGAAAUACAGUUAGACGUGCAAGUAUUGGGACAGCUUUAUUUUUAUUUUUGAUGCCAGCAGUAAUAUAUUUUUUAACAAUGGAUAAUUAAUCGUUACAUUCAUUCAUAUUCAGACUUAAUCAACAAAAUAAUUUGGCCUAAGCGUUAACGAUCAACCUUAUGAAUUAGCAUCAGUUAAUGUAAUCUGUUGUUCCAUAACAGGGACCAUUCAUUUAAAAUGACAAACACUGUGUAUCGCUUUGUUUUCAAACCCUUCCUGCGUGGCAGCCCCUAACUUUUUGUACAAAACAUCAUCGUCUCUAAAGCAGGGAUGGGCAUGAGUGCUUGAGUACUUGAUUUGGACAUCAGUAUUGCGUGCAUACAGAGUAAUCUCUGCCCAGUCUCCCAUAUGUCAACAUUUUUUUUUUACUGUUUAAAUUGGAUUAAAUCUUAAUUCAUUGUGUGCAGUGCAUUGCUUUGCUCUCACUCUCUCUGUUCCUUCUUACACUACUGCUGCAGGAGUGUGAGCUCCCACCAGGAAACAGUAGGUGAGAGUGCAUCCGUGCGUACAUACACAGUGACUGGGCUAACUAUUAGCAUCACACAUUUAAUGUUACCAAUUGGUUAUUAACACGUUUAUUGACAGACUCGAGCAGUGUCUGUGUUGGUGUGAGUUUGUAUGGACCAUUAAACAGCUCAGUUUCAAAUUUUAACAGCUGCUGUUGUGUUAGCUUGUGCUAACUGGGCAGAUGGUCUUUUAGUGCUGCGUCUAACCUGUGUAACGUCUGAAACAGGAACUAAUUUUUCUUACAUUAACUUUGAAUUUAUAAUUUAUGAUUAACAGGGCUGCCAUGGUCAUGAAAUUCCUGGAAAAAGUAUAAAAUUAAACUGUUUCCCUGCCUGAAAAUAGUUAGGAAUUAACAGGUUGUUUUGGAGAAGUUUUGGAAACACAUCAUUUAGGCUGUGCUUGAAAAUAUGUUCGUAAAAAUCCCAUAACUUGUCGAACAUUGCAUGAAAUAUGUUCGUCGUAUUACUUAUUGAAAAUCUAGAGCUGCGCUGAGUUACCGUUGAAGCAUCACUAAUAUCACAUAAUACACAAAGAACACACCGGCAUCACGAUAUUGCUAACGUUGCGCCUGCUUUUUGAGUAGAGAAUCGCAGUGUCACAUAUGUAGAGCAACAGGAAAAUGCACAAAAUGUUGUGCAGCAGGUUAACCAAGAUAGGUGAAAAUUCACCAUCAGUGUGGUAAACUACUGAAUAAUGUGGUGACAGUUACUAUUGAUGAACAGCUAACGUUAGCUUGAGUGCGUGUCUGCUGCAGUAUCGUCACAGAUAUACAGUAUAGCAGCAUGACUGUAAUCUCCAACUGAAUUUCAGACCAUGCCACAUUACAGUCAUACUACAACAUCUACUACGACAUUUUGCAAGCACUCAUAUGUGCCUCUGUGGUCUUUUGGCAUAUGCAGCAAGUUGGCGGUGGGAAUGUCUUAGCAAGUUACGUUAGCAAGUGCUCGCAGUUUGCUAAUCCACAAAUGCCUGGAAAGUGUGUGUUCAUAUAUGGCUGUAUGGCUUUAUCGGCCCAAACAUUUUAAACAGCUUAAAUAAAGUUGUGGCAGUGGGGUAAAAUAUUCUUGAAAAGUUUGGCAGAUGUUUUAAAUUUCAAAAAAUAAAAAUGUGUUGGAACCUUGUUUUUAAGAGGCUAAUUUAAAUCUGGUUAUCCAAACGAUUCCACUGUUGACGUAUUUACAUUCCUAUUCUUACGUUAGAUUUUUUUUUUCCAAAGUAACGUUACUCCAUAAUAAUUUAAUGUACAAGUACUUGACUAUGGAUAUUACUUAAAAUGCCCAUCCCUACUCCAAACUGCAUUUAAGAUCCACACCCAGAGUGCAGCUUCAGCGCAUCAGUGUAUGAGGAUGUUUCAAUGCAGCAGCUCCAAAUUCUGUUCCUCAUCAUUGUACCUCAAGUUAGAUCUUGCUCAUUCACGUAUUUUUUUUAGACAUUAAACAACAGACACACAAACUGAUGAUGGUUGCACCUCGAGGUUUCAUCAAAGUGAAUCAUCCUCUAUCACUCAGCCCACUGUCCCAGUACUUACAACUCUGACUGUACAAGCAAAUGUUGACGCUUCCCGAGCCUUCAUUCAGGGUGCAUGCUGGUGGGUGUGUGUGUGCGGGAGGGAGGACGUGAUGUGUAUGUGUGUGUGUCAGGGCUUCACAUUAGCAUGCAACCGCAGUCACAGUUAGGUUUGAAGUAAUCCCACCAAUGACCUUUGAACACGGCAGGAUUUUGCCACCACAAAGUGAGGUGGGAGCUGGACCCAGUAGCCCAAUCGGAGACUCCCUAACUGUGUGACGCACGGCACCCCACCACCACAACAGCUCGACCCACAUAGAGUCGAGUUUCUCCUUCAGGUCUUUAGAUGAGGAUCAGGUGGCAGGUGGGAGCUUACAGCACAUGGCAGGGAUACGGUGCAAUUGUUUUUCUGUCCAUCUCCAUGUCCUCUAUUUUUCUCUUUUAUUUUUCAAUUUUAAUGUACCCCAUCGAUAUUAACAUCAUUGUUAAUGUUACGUCUCCUGAUUCUCAUAUUCAGUAGACCAAAAAUUAAAUUCUGUGUCCGUGUUCUGUUGGAAUGUCUCACUCAGGCUCUACUGUAUGUGUUAAUAGCAAUCCCAUCGUCUGUGAUUUUUGUCUCCAUGUUCUGAAUGCUUUCUUGCACUGGUAUUCAAUUAUUGCGUUAUUUAUGUCUCUCAACAAUUGUGUGUGCUUUGUUUCAAAGGAAAUUUAUGUUCCCCAGUCACAUGGGAUGUCGCUCAUUAAUAUUGUCAAAUAUUAGACUGAUAUAACCAGUGUCUGGGUCCUGACGUGGACAGCUGCUUCGCAUCGCCCGCCAUGACAAAGA